UUUCACACGGAGGAGCGCAUUGGGGAGGUGCUGGACGUCCUGUCAUGACUCACUCAUUUUGCUUAAGUAGUCGUGAGUGUAGGCGGUCGGUCUGGGCUCUAGCGUCGACGGUUGAUCUCGGUGGGGCUGGACUUCGUGUUGGCUAAAGGUGGCUUGAGGCUUCGGGCGGAACAUCCAGCUCUGUUGAUUGGCGCUCGUACUUACGGGUCCGAAAAAGCAGCUGGCGAUGAGGGCCUGGCCGCGGGCCCCGCUGGCCGAGUCGGCCCAGCCUGUGCCACUCGGCCUGCCUCGGUCACCAGGCGCAGUGGUGCGGCCCGACAUGGAGGGCACCGAGGAACCGGAACCCAGCGAGCUCUUCAGCGACCUCGGCACCCUGCUGGUGGAGGGACGCAUGGCCGGCGGGCAGCGCGGCUUCCACGAGGGCCCCCACUGCGUGCUGGUCUACCCCUACCGGCAGAACAAGCACGUCUGCGAUGCCGGCAGCAUUGUGUGCCAGCGCGAGGGGGAGCUGCGGCGCUACAUGUACCUCCUGUGGCGCAACAACAUCCCGAUGUCGGUGGAGGUGCUGCUCUGUCCACCCUGCGUCCACGGCCAGAGCCGCGCCAUGGCCGUGGACGCGGCGCCCGGCCCCGGCUACCUGCUGCUCGAACAGUGGACCGUCCACAUGGAGACGGCUGUGCGCUGUCACCGGUCGUCGGUGGGCGCUCACGCCCUCCUGCAAGCCGUCUAUUCGUACCUGCACUUCUCCGAGCUGUCGGCCUGGCUGAGUCGCAGCGGCGGCGCCCGGCCGCGUAACGUCAUGUACCGCAUCACGGUACCGGGCGACGCGUUCGGCACGCGCUUCGCCGGCGGCGCGCCUCAGCUGCACACCUUCCCCACCGCCUAUCUGGCCAAGGACCGCACCCUGGUGCAGGUGAGCGUGCGCGCUCGGCCCCGCUGCGACGCCGUGCCCACCAUCCCGUGCGACGCCUGUCAGGGCCGGCGACGAGGAGGAGCCGGCGGGUCGGAGGACGACCUGCGGCGCAGCAUCAUCAAGUCGCGGCUGCAGGGCGCCCUGUCCGACUCGCGCGACUCCCUGCUCGGCGACUCGCUGCUGGACCCGCCGCGCAGUUUGCACAAGUACCCGAAGCGCUACCAGAGCCCGUCGCGGUCCGGCUCGCCCAGCCUCGAGACGCCCGAGCACCUGAUGUUCGGCAGCCGGGACAGCAGCGCCGAGCGCAGAGCACGCACGCCGUGUUCCCGCCUGGACCCGCUGGUCACGCCUCUGGGGAGCACGCGCGCCGUGUUCCCGCCGGACCCGCUGCGGCGGGAGCGCACGGCCUCCAAGGAGCGGCGCCGGUCGGGCGAGCGGCGGGACGAGGAGCGGGCGCCGUCCUCGGAGAACGCGACCUCCGCCGAGGACGCGCCCUCCAUGGAGGAGUGGCAGCGGACGGAGGAGUGGCGUGGGCAGGAAGAAGAGGCGGACAGUCAGGCGGAGGGACAGCGACGGACAUUGGACUCACCACGCGCCGACCUGCCGCAGGCGCGGGAGGGCGAACGGCCCAGGAGGCGCACCCCGCAGCGCAGCAGGAGCGACGGCGCCGGCCUGUUCCUGCUCACCUCCGAGGAGAAGCUCCAGGUGGUCGCCGUACUCAGACACUCUGCGCUGCCGGGCGGCCGGCCCGCCGCCUCCGCCCGCCAGCCAACGCCGCCCGACAACCCGCUGCUCUCGGCCAUCGAGCGGGCCGGCCAGGCAGACGCCCGCACCGAGCGCGUGCGCACCAGCCGCUUCGUGGCGCGCGGCGCCACCGUCGCCGACCGGCGCGACCACGCCGAACGCGGCCGGGAGAGGACUACCAGCGCCACCUGUCAGCAGGUCGCGAGUGGUGCGGGCGAACGGGUUACCAACGGCACGAGCGAGCGGGCCUCGAACGGCACGUGCCAAAAGAUCUCAAGUGACACGUGCGAACGGACAGCAAAAGGCAUCUGCGAGCGCGACGCGAGAGACACGGGCAAGCGAGCCCCGUGCGUGGCCCGGGAGCGGGGCGCCGGUGGGACUGGCCGCGGCGUGACGAACGGAACGGCCGAGCGACCGGUGGACGACGUCGGUGGUCCGACGACAAACGGUAGUGCAGCUUUAAACCAGAAGGGAUCUCGGGCUCCUAAGUCGCCCAAUCUUCUCAAGCGCCUCUUCAAGAAGGACGAGCCGCAGGAUGCAGUCGAGGAGCAGCCGAAGGAGACGGCGGUGCCCAGUCCGGCGUCGAGGGCGGCGUUUCGGCGUUCGCUCGACUCGGCCACAUCGGCCGUGUUCAGCCAGAAGACGGGCCUACCUCUCAGCUCGUCGCCGGCCCCGCUCCGCCGCGGCAACGCCUUCCACUUCGACGCCGCGCUCACCAAGGUGAAGACAUUCAGCUCGGCGCUGAACGAGCUGACUGCCGACGCCGAGUCUGAGUCGGCCGAGCCCGAGCGGCGGCCGCUGUCGGCCAGCUGCCCGGCCGGCGUCGUCUCCUCCCUGCUGGGCAGCUUCGAGGAGUCGGUGCUGAACGGCCGGCUCGGCCCGGUCAGCACGGUCGAAGGCUUCUCGGCCGACAUCGGCGCCAGCGGCUCCUUCCACCCCAAGCACGUCCGCCUGCCCGUCACCGUGUUCUUCUACUCGCUCUGCGACAAUGAGAAGAUCGCCUCGCCAUACAUGGGCCUCGUGAACCUGGGCCGCAAGGGCUACCACGUGCCGAAGAAGGGAACACUGCAGGUGACGCUGUUCAACCCGCACGGCACCGUGGUCAAGAUGUUCGUGGUGAUUAUGACCUGA